UCACAGUGAUCGAUAUUCUAUUAUUAUUCUAUUAUUAUCGAAUCGUGGGAGAAUAAUCGUAUUGUUUCAUUUAAUUGUUUAAAAGUUGAAGAAAAAACAAAUUCAAUGGCGGCGGCCAGUAACCCUUACAAUUUGUUAUUAAUUAAAUUAGUUGAAAGUUUUCCGAAUGUUUAUGAUCAAUCUCUAGAACCGUACAGAGAUAACGAUGCACGCAACAGGUCAUGGGCAAUUGUAACAUUCAACUACAAUGGGAGAACAAAACUAAAUAUGAAUGUUUCUCAAGUAAUUGCACAAUGGAAAAAGUUGGAAUCAGAUUACAGAAAUUACAGAGCGGAAUUGAAAAAAUACAUUCCUUCAGGUUCUGGCCAACAAUCAGAGCCAACUCCAUGUCCGUAUUAUGCAGAAAUGGGAUUCCUAGAGAACAAAGUAGAUUAUAGAAGUACGACUACAACCCAUCCAUAUGGUAAGGAAAUUGAAAUUAUGGGACGAUAUCAUGAAGAAUUACCUAUUCCUCAAAGAAAUGAAGGUAAUAUAUUCCGACACAUUCAAGACGAGGAAACAAGUAAUAGAGGUGCAAAUAAAGAAAAUAUUCCUUCCUGAAAAUAUUUCCUCUUCCAAAUAAGAAGAGACAAUGUGUCUCCAAUGUAACAGAUCUGGUUAAUUCACAGAUAAGUAAAAGAAUGUAAAAUUUGUUACAUUUUUCUUAUUUAUCACUUUUUUCUUUUUUACCAUUUUGCUUAAUUUCUUUUUGGGAUUAAGGCAUUUUCGUUAUUGCUUCUAAAAAUCUAAGGAA